AUGGGGAAUAUAAUAAAAAUUAAGAUUGAGUCUGUUUUAUCAAAAAAUAAAGGCUAUCAAGCAGUUUUCAAAAUAUCAGAAAUAUUAAAUGGAAAAAAAGAAGACACAUAUGGUUUACCCGAAGAUUUGAAUUUAAAUGAUCUCACAUAUUUUAAAAACUGUCCAAUAACAUCAGUUGACGUAGAACGUUCAUUUUCGAUGUACAAAAAUUUACUUACUUUCAAUCGACGUUCAUUCAAGUUCGAAAAUAUCAAAAAAUCUUUAAUUAUUCAAUGCAAUUUCCAAGAGCCGUUAAAAGAAAACCUUGAAGAAAACUUUUAGACCACAAUAGUAUAACUACAAUCUUUACUAAGAUUUUCAAAAUUGUUAUAAAAGAAUAAAUUAUUUUUACACAUUUUUAUUACACAUUUAAA